GAUAUUGAAAGGUUACGCGCCAGACACAAAUAUCUGAAAUGGCGUUGAGUACGGUUGCCAGACAAAUUGCUUCGGUUGUGAAGCUCUUCCCCCGGUUUUCCUCUCAUUCCCCAGUUGUUGCUGUACCUGGAGGAGUAAAAGAUAAAAUGCUGAAGUUUAUAGAGCAUAACCCGAGUCUGUGUGAUACAGUUGCUGGGUCUCUAAAUACACCUAUUGGGACGAAGUUGUCAAAGCUACAAGAAGAUCUUCUUUGGGAAGUUGCUUUGGUAGAGCCGAGCGUCUUAGCUGCUGGAAAAAUCAAGCCCAGUUCUAAGGAAAACCCAAAUUUAGUUAGUAGUUCAGACAUCAGAACUAUCCAGCAGUGUCACUGUGACCCACAUCAUCAUUACACAAUGCACCUGCUCCUCCAUCGUGAUCUUCCUACACGAUGUCAAUGUGGACACUGGUUUCUUCUUGUUGAUGAAAAGACUUAUGAAGAAGAACGAGAGAAAAAGUGGGCAAAGAUAAAAGAUGAACCUGAAAAUGUGGAAUUGCUUAAACGAUUUGAGGAGCUGGAGAAAGAAAUGAAUAUUCUUUUGGCCGAAGGAAAAUCUAUGACGCUAAAUACCCCUGGCUCUGAUGAGUUGAUGGACAAUAUAGCUAUUAAAUGGAAGGAAAUGAAGAAGAUCUAUGCUAAAAUGCGCAAAAAUAUGUUGCUUGACUAAUUAUUAGGGUUAUCAUAUCUGUCAAAGUAGACGUUUACUGGUCAUUAUUGUAGUAAUAGAAGAUUAUUUUGAGUGGUCAUCAUGAGGGACAUCAGUAUAAAUCAGAACGAAUAUAUUGUUUACUGAAUAUAAGUAUUUUUCAUAAUUUAAUGCAUUGUUUUAUAAACUGAUUAAAUAUUUAUAUAAUUUUCGGUCAUCCUUUUGCUAGUGACUGAUUUCGAUCUUGACAUGAUGAAUAUAGCUGUGCAAACCGUGGUGACUUACUGUUUUGUAUGGCAGACAGAUUACAAGUGCUAGUUACUACUGAAAGGAAGGAGGAGG